AUGAGCAUUGCAAUCUGCUGGAGCCCAUCUCAGGGCCUGGCCAGCUCGGAGCUGCUGCGCAUGCGCACCGGAGCAGCGCUAAUGGCGGAGAGCGUGCGGUCGCCGUUCGAUUACCGGGAGCCCCCGACCCUCGACAGCGACGGGGAUGGCAGCAAGCCGCCGCCACCGCGCGGGCGUGUGUGUGGCAGGAAGAGGAAGGGGACGCCGGUUAAAGUGUGUGAACGAGUCGCGUAUGUGACGGAAGAUGAAGAGGAGAGUCUGUCUGAACACAGUUACAGCCCAGGAGACGAGCAGUAUGCAGAGGGAGCUGAAGAUCGGCUUCCCCCGCCGGGCAGCCCGUACUUCCUCACCGACCCGUCGCAGCUCUGUGUUCCUGAGCUCGGUGAAGAUGGCGCGAGCGGCGUCCGCGGGCCUGUGCUCUUCCACCCGCCAGCCAACUGCAGGAUUAGAGAGGUGCAUUGUGGGAAUCAGGUCCGGCUUGUCGUCAUAGCGAUUCGAGACAUUGCCAAAGGCGAGGAGAUCACAGUGGACUACAGCCUGAACGACUGGGGAGAAAAUGCCUUGGGGUUUCACAGUUCAGUGUCUCCACGCGGGUUUGAGUGUGGGUUUAACCCAGAGGGGAACAUCAAGAAGGAGGAGGAGCCGGGUUCGCUUCCUCUGUCUCUCACUGUUUCUGACUACCUCACGCCAUCAUGGUCGCUGUCACCCUCCUCCUCACCGCUGUCUCAUUCCGAAGCCAGCGACUCCGAUAGAGAGGAUGAAGAAGAGGAGGAAGACGACGAUGACGACGACGAUGAUGAAGAAGAGCUCGAGGAGCUGAGGGGCCGAAUGAUGAGACGGCGCAAGAAAAGGAAAACCUCGGCCAGUGUCAAGAAAAAGACUCAGCCCCGCCCCCUGUCAUUCGCUCACCCCGCCCCUUCCUCUUCAUCCCCCUUCCAGCAGCCUCUGGCCCCGCCCACCACUAAUAUAAACAAUAACAUAAACAUAAACAUAGGGCAUGGCGCAACGCGUCGACAGCACUGUCCCUACUGCGGACGCCAUUUCCGCUCGCUCGCCCGGCACCUGGAGAAACACCACGACCAGCAGCCCGAGGUACGAGCCGCCAUGGAGCUGUCGCACCUCCCUGCUCACGCUCCGAGCGCCGACUCGUUUCCGUCUCCCGCUCAGCCCUCAUCCUCCCUGGGAACGUCGCUGUUUUCCCGGGAGCAGGAACCUUUGUCUUCGCCUUCUAAAUCUGGAGCCGUCUCCUUCUCGCUCUCAGUGUCUCCGCCUCCGAAUACCUCAAAAAAGACAUCCACGGCGCCGACGAGAAAGGUCAUCAACAAGAGCGCCGUCGUCACGCCCAACCCUCCUCCCGCCAGGAGAGGGCGCCCGCCGAAGAGAGAGAAAGAACUGCAACUGAAGAAACAGGAGGAGGUGGAGCAGACAAAAGAGGAACCGCCUCCUACGCCUGGUAAAGAGGAAGAAGAGGAGGAGGAGGAGGAAGAGGAGAAUGAGUCAGACAUGAGAGAAGAUGGAUCUGCAGAAGAGAAGAAUGGUGAAAUGACCAGCUCCCAGCGCUCACACAUGCCUCCUCUGCUGUCCUCGCUCUCCACGCUGGUCAUGUACCUCCGUCGACAGCAGCACUCCUCCUUUCUCUCGCUCUCUCGUGCCGCGGGCUCGGCGGAGGCCUGGCGUCUCCUCUGCCACUCCAGUUUGGCUCUUCUCAUCCUGUACAACCGCCAUCGUGAGUGCGAGGUGGCCAAACUCACCAUUCAGGACUACCGCGACCGUAACUCCGUCUCCCCGUCGGACGCGUCUCUUUCCCCUUUCGAACGGCACGUCCUCUGUCACCUCACCCGCGUGGGCGUGUUGGGCAAACGCGGCCGUGUUCAGCCUCUCAUCCUUCCUCCGCAUUCAGAGGCUUGUCUGGACCUUCUCCUAAAGACAUCUGCGGAUGUGGGCGUUGAUCCCGAGAGCCCCUACGUGUUUUCCCGGCCGUAUCAUUCCCCGGCCACGCCGCUCCGCGGCACUGACCUUCUCCGGAGCCUGGCACGCACUAGCGGCGCUAAAAACCCUACAACGCUCACCGCGCCCCGCGCCCGCCGCCAAGUGGCCAUCCUCACACAGCUCCUGCUGCUCGAGGAGGGCGAAAGAGCCCCGGGCGCCGCCGCAAAGAGAUUGGAGGAUUUCCUGCAGAGGGAGUACCAUGUGACUCAAAGCUGCACUCGGAUUGGUCAGGACCCAGCGCUGAUGAACCGCGUGGGGCGAGUGGUGCUGUACGGAGAGCGGGAAGGGGUUCUGUUCAGAGGGAUGAGUCUGCAGCACAUCUGCCUCGAGCUGGACGUGAUGUCUGGAAACUCUGCCGACUCUUUCUCGGACGAGUCCGAUGGAGAAGGCAAUGAGAAUAAGGAGAGAGCUGAAGUUGUAAAGAAGAGAGCCCCCAGUAAUCGAGGGCCUCCGCCGAAGAAGGGAAACAACCCGCGCCUGUCACCGGCCACGCCCUCACCGCUCAAGAGGCGGAGCUCACAGGUCAAAUCGGGUAAGCGUGGCGUCCUGAAGCGGCCCUGGUCGGAGGCGGAGCGUGUCGCCGUGGAGACGCACCUCAAGCGGAACAUCAUGGAACUGCGCGUUCCUGCAAAGGCGGACUGCGAGCGAUGUCUGCAGCACUGCCCUCUGCUGGUCAGCAAUCAGCGCGACUGGAGGGCCAUCAAGUUCUACUGCCACAACCGCAUCCAGUUACUGAAGAAACAGGGACGGCGGGAAGGGAACGCGGCAGCCGUCUGCUAACUGCAGUAACACACACUCACACACACACACACACACACACACACACACUGUCAUCGUUAACUCACCCUGACGUCAUUCCAAAGGAGAAAUUAGGAAUCUUCAUACAGCUUUAAUCCAUCUGUUAUGUCUGUGAAGUGCUAAAAAUGACAAAACGGCACUAAAGAGGAUCAUAACAGAAUUCAUAUGAGUGACAUUAACAGAAGAGCUGUAUGAAGAUUCACUCUACUGUAGAACGACACGAGUAAACGACGACUUCUUCUAAGCUAUCACACAGUGCAAUGAUCAUGUGUGUAUCGCACACACACUUCCCACAUUCCCGAGUGUGUGUGUUUCUCAGACCACUUCUGUGUCUGUCAAACUAAGGAACCGUUUCACACACAGUCCAGUAUUCAAACUCAAAGUUUGGCUCAGAAACUGUACCGUGACUUUAUUUCUCAAUGCCGAAACUAUUUUUACGCGAAUGACAUUAUUCGUCCCAUGGAGUUUUGCUGUGAUGGAUUUGGACUGAUUUUUCUUUGUUUUUCUCUCCACCAACCGGUUAUGAAACAGUGUUUGAUGAUUUGGGACCAGCGUUUCUUUCAGAGGUCAGAGGUCAAUCUUACCUCACGCCGUCUGGACCUCUGCAGACCUGCUCUACUGUCGGACUGAAUCUCAUCAGAACAUGUCCAGCUCGUAUUUCAUGCUGAAAUCAACAAAGAGGAAAUUAUAUUUUGCAUGAAGAUAAUGAAGCCUGUUUUUAUGAUGCUUUUUGCAUUUGUGAUUGUAGUAGAUUUUGCAUUACAUUAAUAAUAUUUUUUUAUUAUUUGUGUUCUUAAAUGUCUGAAAAUUAUGGAAGCUUGUUUCCGCCAUGGAAUAAAAAGAAAAAAAAAUCAAAAAGUUUCAUCUCAUAAUUGCAAGUUAAAAUUGUGUCAGAAUUGUGAGGUAUAAACUUGCCUUUUUAAUUUUUUUAUAUUCUGUGGCAGAAACAAGCUUCCAUAGAAAAUAGCUUCAUGAUGCAGAAAAUCUCUGUGAGAAAUGGGCUUCAUUUUAUUCAUGCAAAAAAUUUGCAUGCAAUCAAAUGAGUUUUGAGUUUUUCCCCAUGCAUCUUUUAGUUUAGUGUGUGAACUUUGACCUGGACGUGUUCAUCGCAGUGAGAUUCCUCCAUCUGUUCUCAGCUGAAUUGCCUUACCUCUGGUUGUGUUGUUGUGGAUCUUCUCCGGUUGCAGUGACGCUGAUGUUAGACUGGAGCUUCUAUGCAUCAGACGGCAGCCGUUCAGCUCAACACGUCACGCUUUAGGGAUCACUGAGUUUUGAGAUCCAUCACUUUCAUUCCAUCUGAGUUUGAUUUUCUCCUCUGUGCCAAACAGAACAUGUUCACGUGAGAUCUGACGGCGUUUACCUCCCCUCCUCUGAACUCUGCUCUGUACAGUGACGUAUCGUAACUGUGAUAUUAGACGGUAGAAGUGCUCAUGUACAUUCUGUAAAUACUGACUUGUAUGAAAGUACUACAUUUUAAAGUUGUUUUCUUAAAUGCUGUUGUAAAGGUCUAUCAGAUUUUAGCGAGAUGAUAUCCUGACAAAUACAGAGGUUAAUGUCACAUUAUUUGAAUUUCAGAUUGUCAUGUGCUUUUAUUAAAUUACAAACACAUGAAAAACCAA